AUGUCUUCAUACGGGAAUAGAAGAUCCUGGCUUCCAGCUUUUUUUGUUGCCACUCUGAUUCUUGUCUCUCUUGGUUAUGCUGAAUCCAACCAAGGCAGAAGACCGGCAGAGUCGUCCUCAUGCUAUGGAGGCUUUGACCUCUACUUUGUCCUGGACAAAUCUGGGAGUGUGAUGGACCACUGGACUGAAAUCUACCAUUUUGUGGAGCACUUAGCUCAUAGAUUUAUAAGCCCACAAUUGAGGAUGUCAUUUAUUGUGUUCUCCACUGAAGGGAACAUUUUAAUGAGCCUGACAGAGGACAGAGAACGUAUCCGGAAAGGUCUUGAGGAGCUCAAGGAGGUUCUUCCAGGAGGAGACACCUUCAUGCAUGAGGGCAUCCUCAGGGCCAGUGAGCAAAUAUACUAUGGAAACACAGAAGGUUACCGCACCGCCAGUGUUAUUAUAGCUCUGACAGAUGGAGAGCUGCAUGAAGAUCGCUUCUACUAUGCUGAGAGAGAGGCCAAUCGCUCUCGGACCCUGGGGGCCACCGUUUACUGUGUUGGGGUAAAGGACUUCAAUGAGACUCAGCUGGCGAAGAUUGCUGACAGUAAGGACCACGUGUUCCCUGUCAACGAUGGAUUUGAGGCUUUACAAGGGGUCAUUGAUUCUAUCCUGAAAAAGUCUUGCAUUGAGAUUCUGGCAGCUGAACCCUCCAGUAUCUGUGCAGGAGAGUCAUUCCAGGUUGUAGUGAGAGGAAAUGGAUUCCUCCAUGCCCGCAAUGUUGAUAAGGUCCUAUGCAGCUUUCGCAUUAACGACACACUUACUAAAAUGGUGAAACCUUUGAUAGUGGAGGAUACCUAUCUUCUCUGCCAGGCACCUGUGCUCCAGGAUGAGGGAAUGGCAGCAAAUCUUUAUGUCAGUAUGAAUGAAGGUCUCAGUUUCAUCUCCAGUUCAGUCACCAUUACAACUGUGAGCUGCUCUGGUGGAACUAUUUUGGCCUUCACUCUGCUCAUCCUCAUGCUGCUCCUCAUCUUGGCGUUCCUGUGGUGGUUCUGGCCCCUCUGCUGCACUGUUAUCAUCCACGAGCCGCCGCCACCUACUGUGGAGGAGAGUUCGGAUGAUGAGGACGAUGACACGCCAAAGAAGAAAUGGCCUACAGUCGAUGCUUCCUACUACGGAGGACGGGGUGUUGGGGGAAUCAAAAGGAUGGAGGUUCGCUGGGGUGAAAAAGGCUCUACUGAAGAAGGAGCAAAGCUGGAGAAGGCCAAAAAUGCCAAAGUGAAGAUGCCUGAGCAGGAGUUUGUUCAGUCCCCUAUGCGCGUUCUCAACAAUGGCAUGCAAAAACCCCUGGGAACCCACAAGUGGUACUCUCCCAUCCAGAACAAACUGGAUGCAUUGUGGGACCUUUUGAGAAAAGGCUACAACCGCGUUUCUGUCAUGAGACCUCAUCCAGGUGACAAGGGCAGAUGCAUGAACUUUAUCCGUAUGAAGUCGGCGCCCCCUCGUUACCCCCACUACAACGCAUCGCCUAUCUACACCCCUCCCAGCAGGAGUCCACCUGCGCCACAGAGCACUCUCCCGCCAAUCCCAGGGGGGCCACCGUCCCCACCCCAUUUCUUCGCGACCCUGCCCCUCCUUCCUUCGACGCCCUCUGACACGUCACCCUCCCCUCCUUCAACUCCUCCCUAUUACACCCCCCCACCCAAACGGGCUCUUCCUCCCACUUCCUUGCACAUACCGACCGCGCCCGACCGGCUGCCCACCCCGCCGCCGCCCUUGUCUCCUUCUGGCACCCUGCCCCCCUUACCUUUAGGUCCCGCCCCUGGGCGAGCCCCACCGCCUGCCCGGCCCCCACCACGCCCCGGCCUGUAG